UUCUCGCUUCCUUAUUUCUCCUCUCCAAGCAGGACUGAUCUUGCCCCACCUCCCAAAAAAAAAGAAAAGAAAAAAAAACACUACUCAUGUAGCAGUCUGUACCUGUAGGCGAACACAAACACCUGCAUGCAAGAGGAAAGCCUGUCAAACAGCCAGCCUGCUGCUCUUUGAUUUUUCACAUGUGAGAAAAAAAACAAGGCUGGAGAAGAAAGUUAAUGUUUCUGGAAUUAGGUUAGCUGAACAUGCUUGCUUCCCUGUACCUGCUUGUUGGGAUAUCAUUUUGUUGCUGUAUCCUGCUGCACCAACAGAUCUAAUCUGCAGCAUGUUCAGCACAUAGACCAUAAUUAUCAUCUUUAUUAUUAAAGCGUCAAAGAUGAAAUUAGGGCAUGACUGAAUGCUAUGAUAAAGUUAGAGAAGCUGGGAAAGAUGCUUUUGCCUACAAGUUUUUGUUAAAGUGACUUUGGCAGAAAUGGAGCUGUUGUCUCACAGAAGUAAAUCUUAUUAGCUGGUAAAUUUAAAAGUCCAGAAACAAGACUCUGUGGUUAAUUAGCCUUUCCACUGGCUAACACGACAACAAAAGGCUCCAAUUUAAUUAAAUAAUCAUAAUCAUGUUUGUGGUCUCGGUGGGUGGAGAAAGGACAGAGACCUUGUUUCUGUGCGUUCUUAGGUUGAUGGAUAUGUGAAGAUUAACAGAAAUGAGAACAGUCAACUUCAAAGCAUAAAUCAAAAUUCACCAAAAUCAGAAAAUCAUGCAAUCUGUGGACAUUUUGAGUUUGAGAUUUUUUUUUUCUUAUGCUGUGGUGUUUUGAUAUUCUCUGGAAAGUUAGAACUUGUCAGGCCAUGGGUAAAUACUCUGAAGCAAAUUGUAAACAAUAAAUUGCAACCACAGAAUUUUAAGACCAUUUGUCAUCAAAUGUUUGUCUUUGUCAUUAAAACUUCUGGCAUGCUAUAAAUCCCACCUUUCCUUUACCUCUUUCUGCUGGCAGUGCAUGAAGACGAAACAAACAUAUUUUUUGCUAAAUAUAUUAUUUGCUCCCAUUUUUAUGUACAGCAGUUAUUUAAUGACUCUCUUAGUAUUUGUUAGACAUUUUAAGGUCUCAUUUGUACAUUAUUAAUAGCUUUCAAACUUGGUCAGACUGACACUGCCUCCUUAUGUUUGGACUUUUUCCCCUCUCCAAUUUUGUGUUAUGCAAACUUGUGAAACACCAGAAAAUCCAGAUUUUUGGCAGCAGCUUAACCCCUCUGUGCUCCAGUCAUUAUCUAAAAUUGCAACCUUUGUCAGCAUGUUGGAGCAACUUUGUUUUGGGUCCCAGUGGGGAGGGGGAAAUGGUGUUGCAUCAUACUGUUUAAUUUUUUUUUUUUUUUUGCUUUUCAUUUGAAUCAAUCUUUACUGUUUAGCUUUUAUUGCUCAUUUGCUGUCUCACUUUUAUAUUCCAGGAAGUUCCCUCUGAAGCAGGGAGUGUCUGCAUAUAAAAUGGUCUGCAGUUCUCUGCUUCGUAGAUGCCUUGUCCUCUUCUCUGACCACGGAAGGGCCUCGCAGUGCUUUUUCCACCUCUUCCAGCACCGCCAUGCAUUCCAGCACUUCAUCCAGUGACCAGAACGCAGCUCACAGCAGAAAUGUCGACUCAGAGGACAGCAGGAGUAGCCGAGUGGUACCGGAGAUCGUCGGAGUCGUGGGUGGUAGUGGAAAAAGCAGCAACGGUGACCCUGCCGGAGGACGUGGUGCAGCCUCUCAGGAUGGCCAGCCACACCAUCAGCUGACUCCGUCCAAGCGCCGCACCAUCCUCAACAUCUCCCCGCCGCCGCAAGACCUGUUUGACGACAGCCACAUGUCCUGCCAGGAUGCACCGGCACCCUUGGACUCGGAGCAGAGUAACAGCAUAUGGAUGGAGGAUUCCAUAUCCAACUUCAGCAUCAUGAGUACUUCUUCUUACAACGACAACACAGAGGUGCCACGAAAGGCCCGCAAGCGUACACCUCGACAGAAACCAGGACCUAAGGCGGUGCGCGCAGUGGAUGCCAGCAUGGAUGUCUUCGAUGCAGACAGCGCGAAAGCCCCACACUUUGUUCUGUCUCAGCUCGGCCCUGAGAGCAAGACAUCAACUAAAACAAGCUCUGAUGAUUCUCAGACGACUAAUCAGAAAGGAGGGACCCUUACAAUGCAGUUCCCAUCGAAGUGUGAGGGAAAGGAACUUAAAAUCCUCGUCCAGCCAGAGACUCAGCAUCGGGCCCGCUACCUGACCGAAGGAAGCAGAGGUUCUGUGAAGGACCGCACUCAGCAAGGUUUUCCCACUGUAAAGCUGGAAGGUGUGAGUGAGCCUGUGGUUCUUCAGGUGUUUGUUGGGAAUGACGCCGGCCGCGUAAAGCCACAUGGAUUUUACCAAGCUUGCAGAGUUACUGGUCGCAACACCACUGCAUGCAAAGAGGUUGAUAUUGAUGGCACAACUGUGAUUGAAGUGACCGUUGACCCAAGCACCAACAUGACACUGGCGGUCGACUGUGUUGGGAUUUUAAAGCUCCGUAAUGCUGACGUCGAGGCCCGUAUCGGUGUGGCGGGGUCAAAGAAGAAGAGCACACGCGCUCGCUUGGUGUUUCGGGUCAACAUCCCACGCUCAGACGGAUCAGUGCUCACUCUGCAGACACCCUCAUCUCCAAUUCUCUGCACCCAGCCUGCAGGGCUGCCAGAGAUACUGAAGAAGUCACUGCAUACUGGUUCAGUAAGGGGCGGAGAGGAAGUUUUUAUCAUUGGCAAAAACUUUCUCAAAGACACUAAAGUCAUCUUUCAAGAAAAUGUUUCAGAUGAGAAGUCGUGGAAGUCAGAGGCAGAAAUCGACAUGGAGCUGUUCCACCAGAAUCACCUGAUUGUGAAGGUUCCCCCAUAUCAGAACCUGGCCAUCUCCUCUCCUGUUUGUGUGGGGAUCUACGUGGUGACAAACGCUGGCAGGUCCCAUGAUGUUCAGCCAUUCACCUACACUCCAGAUCCAGACAAUCUUGCAGUACAAAAUGAAAUUCCUGUAAAGAAAGAGAUUCCCUCUCCAGUGAAGACCUGUUCUUAUGAAGAGCAACUCAAAGCUGUAGAUAGUGCCUUGAUGCCUUCAAUGUUGCCUUUAGUGAAGAGAGAAGAUGUCACCCCAAUGGAAGUGACAAACAACCUUCAGGCCUCUGGAGUAUUUAAGAACGGUGAUCUUCGCUCACCCCAGCCGACCCAAGAUGUAGCAACAGCACAUCUAAAUAAAAGCUUAGUUUUCAGCAAUAGCUUACCUCAGCCUGCAGGCGAUCCAGAUGAAACCCAGGCUGCUGCUUUUACCAAUGUCGAUCCGUUAAGCACCAUCCAAAAGCAGAAUAUUGCUCCCAGCAGCUCAUUCCCUUUGCCUGCAGAGUCUCUUCUCCCACAAGGCUCCCAGCAGUUCCUUUUAGAGUCCAGAGAUGGUCUGAUGCGAGAGAGGUCCGGCAGCGCUUCUGGAGGAGUGGGCAGGCUGUGUGUUGAACCGGCACCCCCGCCGCCACAGCCGCAGCUGCAGCUCUACCCUCCAGAUGAAGUGGCUCAGCUGGAGGAAGCUGUGAGACAACUUAAAGCUAAGGGAUACUGUAACUUACCAAUUCAGGCUGACAACUCGAUAACCAAACAGCAGCAGCAACAAAUCCAACACCAGCAACAGAUCCAAAAUCAGCAGAUUCAGCAGCAACAGCAGCAACAAAUUCAACAACAGCAACAGCACAUCCAGCACCAGCAACAGAUCCAAACUCAACAGAUUCAGCAGCAACAACAGCAGCAAAUCCAACAGCAGCAGCAACAGCAGCAGGUUUUGGAGAACUUGCAGCAACAACUGUUCCAGUCUCAGAUCCAGAUGCAGUGUGGCAUGUUUCAGGAUGCUGCCCAGGCCGAGAACGCAGACCUUCAAGGUUCCCCACCAGGAGUGGUGACCAACCAGACAUCACUUUACCCAUCGGAUCAACAGCAGCAGCAGCAGAAUCAGCAGCAGCAAGCUGCCCUAUUUCAGCAGGCGAACGACCUUUGUUCCAUGCAGACCGGCUUCCUCCAGCAGACUGCCACCCAUCCCUCACCAACCAUGUUCCACAAUCCCAGUCCUCUGGCUGAGACGCAAGAUCCACAGGCAUCAAUGUAUCAGAAGGCUUCCCAGGAGCAAGUCCAGGCCGCGCUAUUCCAGAGCACCAUGACAGUGCUGCAGUCUCAGGAGCAACAGCAAUCCCCCACUGGGCUUUUCCUUCCCCAAACACCCCUGUCCACCCAGCUUACAACCGGUGGUUCUCAGCAGCAGCAGCAACAACAACAGCAGCAGCAGCAACAGCAGCAGCUGGCCUUCCUUAAUGCUCUACAAUCCUCCUCUCCUGAACCGCAGUCAGUAUUUCAGACCCAGGCCCAGAUAUCCCCCAUGCAGCAGAGAAGCCCCAUGGAGCAGCAGCAGUCGCCACAGCCUCCGCCGCUCACACAGCCACCCCAGCAGCCAGCCAUGUUUCAGAGCAUCUCCCCCCAUUCCUCUCCAAACACUCUCUCUCCAGGCCAGCAGCAACAACAGCAGGCAGGCUUAAUGUUCUGUAACAACAACCUGUCCACACAGCCACAGGCCCCUAACCUCAUGUUUACCAGUCCAGGCCAAAUGCCUCCUCUCACCACCAGCAGUCUAGUUUCCCAGGAGUCCCAAAGCCCGUCUCAGCUGUUUUCCCAAGACAAUAUGGUGGGUGUCAAUCAGCAGAAUCAGCCUGAGCCCAUGGCCUUAGGGAAUCCCACCAAUUCACCACAGCAAGUCAUGUUUCAGGAGCAACAGCCAAUGCAGUUAGGCAGCACCCCCAACAACCAGCAUGAGCAGCCAGUGAGUCUCUUCAUCCCUCCAUCCAACAUGCCUCCCAUGCAGGGGGGGAUGGCUGUUCCCGAGCUCACUCAGUCAGCCAUGUUUGCCUCCCAGAAUGGCGUGGCAAACCUUCCGACCACCACCUCCUCUCCUGUCCAGCAGCCAGGAAGCUUGUUCCAGCACGCUGUGAGCGGGAGCAUCAGUCAACCCAGUCAGCCUCAGCAGCCAGGCCUUUUCAUCUUUGGGAUGCAGAAUGGAUGUGGCCAGCUGAUGAACAGCCCUGGAAACACAGUUUCAGAUCAGAUCAUAGCAAUCAGCCAGUCGGGUCAGAACCAGCAGGAGAGCGAGGCUCACAUCCAGUCCCUGCUCAGCCAGUCUCUGUCCCAGUCUGGGACAACCGCACAGGGCAGCAUGGAGGUCUCUCAAAGCAUGGAGAAGAUCAAUGACCUGCUAGUCAGCCUACAUGAAUCAGGCGGCACCCUCACGCGUUCAUUCUAAAUGCCACAGAAGUUCAUGAGCUUGUUUUAUUUUUUUGCCGAAGAAAUCUGGAAAAUUGUUAAACACAAAGAAAAGGUCCAAGUGUUAAUGCCUGUUUCCUGCAUGCAGGUCUGCUCCUGCACCGCAGAGGAUGUAUUCAAACAGCUGACGGCCUUUGCUCAGCUGGUCUCUUCAGACAAAAAUAUUAACGACCAAUGUAGAUAACGGUGACUUCGAAGACAAACUGAAUCAUUUCUUUUAUAUGCAGAUACAUAAACCAGGAUUUAGGAAUGGGUUGACGGUGACCAAGUUAACAUCUAUUCAUAUCUCUCACAAAAACUGGCUAAUUCACUUUUACUGAAACUUGUGUAAGUAGUGACUAACUCCUGAAGAGUCUGAAAAGAGAAGUGGAACUCAAAUCUUUUUCUUUCACUUUCUCUCUGAAAAGACUGUGAACUUGUCAGGCCUGAUAAUCAGAGAACUUGUUUUUAAAUGUAAAUAGGUAGAAUGUGAUGUUAUCUAUAGCAUGCUCCAGUUUUGUUUUUCUGUGUCUUGUAAAAUGUCUCCUAAGGCGUUAGAAGUUUCUGUGAAAAAAAAAUGUUUUUUUUUCCUACUUCUUAUUCUUGCCAUUAUAUUGCAUGAAAGACGGACCAUUUGGUAUAGCACAUAGUUUUUGACAUUGUGUGGCAUGUUUGGCUGUUCUAGUAUCUACUGUUUGAAAUGGUGCAGAUAGUUUGCAAAAACAAAAGGUCUAUAGAGGGAGAAAAAGCAAAGAAAAAUGAAGUUCAAGAACUGUAGAAAUGAACAUAAGAGGUUUAAUGUAAUUUGGUUAUUAUUUUGCAGUUUGAAGCAGGGGGCUUGAACCUGUUGAUAGCAAUAAAUUUAAUCUAGAUCUCUGAAAUGCCACAAAAGGAGAUUUUGAUUUUAUUUAUAAUGGGAUAAAUAAGCUUUUUAGGUGCUACAUAGAUAUAUUCGUUAAUAAAUGUACAUACAUUAUGUAUUGUAUUUGACUGGGUUCAUGCUAAAGAUUUGUCAAAACAGUGAAGAUGGUUAAACUGAGAGAUAUAUUUGUAAAUAUUAAAUAUUUUAUUUAUUUUAACAUAUUAUCUCUAUCAACAUGUGAGCCAGGAUGCAGAUACACCAACACUGCAGUCUGUUAAAAUGUUCUGGUUCAUGUGACAAAUCCAGGUUACAGCCUAUGUUAAAAAUCAUUGAUGAUGUUGCUCUUUAAUCACUCCUUUUAUAAAGAGUGCUGCAGACUCAUUAGGAAGGGUGAUUUUUUUUUUAUGUCCAUAUAUUGUGUCUUCAUUUCCUAGGUUAAAAACAAGGCAGCAUUUGUGAGGACAAACAAAUGAGCAAAAAAAAAAAAAUCCUUUAAUUGGUUUUAAAUGUGUCACAGCCAGUAAGUUUGUAGUAAAAUAUAAUAUUUUUUUUAAAUCUUUAUGAUCAUAUAGCUGUGCAUCAAAUUACCAGCUACUUUGUUGCUAUUCAUUACCAGAAAUCUUAAUGUAUUAGUUUUUGAAAUUAGAUUAAAAUAAAUUAAACAAAUAAAUUCCGUUCAGAUAAUUUUUUUAAUUUUUCAGUUAUAUAUUAUCAAAAUAUACAUCUAGAGUAGAGCAUUAACUUAGUGCAUCAUUACUUUCAGUUUAAUGGUUGGAAGGUGGGUUUUUAGAAAUGAGCCAGUUUUGUAGAAAUGUUGACUUUAGUGUUUGCUUAGGAGGAGAAAUGUGUCUACAGCUGAGCAUCUCGCAGAGAUCAUUGUAUUAAAAUUCAGAAAUUGUGCAUGUUGAAGCUUUACAGACCUCAUGUUGUUUUAUCUGCUGGUGGUCUGUGACUUCAACACCAAAGUUUGAUCUUUGUGUACAUCCUGAUAAAGUGCCAGUUUUAUGGCUCAUUAAGGUUUUUAUUGUCUUCUUUCUUUUCACUAAUUGUCUGUUUAGCAUUUACCUCCUGACAUUCCAAAAUGCAUUUUGUCCUGAUGCUACACUUUACAGUUUUUGUUUUUCUUUUUUCUAAUAAAGACAAAACAGUUUGCAGUCUGUAGUUUUACGUAAGUGCAUGCACAAACAAGAGACGGGUCUCUUAUAAUUGUAAUUAUCCUUUCUUUUUUUCUUGUGUUCAGUGUACAUGUUGAAACUAAUGCAUUAAGACCGUUACACUUAGUAUUCACUUUAAAUCCCAAACAGCUGUUGUUUUAGGAUGGAGUUGAUGUAAACAUUAGCAAUGUGAUUUGCGGAGCGAUGGAGUGCAGCUGUGUGUAGUGUGGUCAAUUUGGGUGUUUGUUUUUUUUUUUUUUUUAAGGGACCUUUCUCUAGAAGGAAACAUGACUUGGGAGAGGAGAGCUUUCUAGCUUUCUUCAACUUGUAAAAUAGAAAAACUAAUAUUUCCAAUGUUCCAUAUUUAUGAUUUUCUGUUGCUUUUGUUUUUAGAGAGAUAAUUAUAAAAAAUGUUAACUUUUUUUUUAUCACUGUAGUAGGUAUUCAUCUUAACAGAGAAAUAUAUCUUAAUUUAUUUGCGCAUUGGUGGUUUGUAGAAUUGCUCUGCAGUCAUGGUAAUUUUUCCUUCUAGCUAUAUUGAUGAAUGUUAUUUUUUUCCCCCACCCCAAUCUGCUCAUUGCUGUACCACCUGGGAGAGGCCUGCACUGGGACCAGUCUGCUGCCGAGGAGGAAGUAACCUCAUUCUGCUGUGACUAAAGUGAAUGUCGCUUUGCUGCACUCCAACCGGCUAUCUAAUCCUGUUGGAGCUCAAAAAAUGACUAUAACCAGCUCAGUAAAACCAAUGUUUACUGACUUGCUCUUAAUCUAUGUUACUCUCUGUUUAGAAGUUUUUAUUAAGCGGAGAUGAAUGUUUUUACUCUACUGUCCACGGAUGAGGAUAUUUAUACCAACUGUAACUUUUCCAAAUUCUCCAAAGCGCCUGAAGUUCAUACUGUUGUUUCUGCAGCUGUUACUAAACUUGGGAAAAUCUCAGAUGGAAAAUUAAGGGUGAACCAUCUUGUGCUGCUGGUGGUUGUGCCUUUUUAUUUUAGGGAGAGUGAAAUGCUUUAUAUACUAUGAAUGAUGACCAUACAGCUUACUGUGCACAGUUGCUCCUGUAUAUACAUCUCAAUGUACAUAUAACAUGUGUCCCCUAGACUUUCCUGACCAAACAGUUUUUAGCCAGGCAAUAUGGCACCAUGCUGUCAGACCAAGAAAUUUCAGUAUUCAAUAUGAAUGUACUGCUCGUUUUGUGAAUCGUGGAUGGGGAAAAAAAAAAUCUUCCUUAUAUCCAGAAUGUUUUAAGUGCACAUAGUGAAGAGGUAAUUACUUUUUUGAAAUUACAGUUUUCUCAUUUGUGUAUGUCUGACUUUUAUUACAGUCUUUGCUAAGUUAUGGAAAAGAGGGAGAUUUUUUUUGUUAAAGUUCUCAUUUUUAUCUGUUCUUUGCAUUUGAAGUUUUAUUUUUACAUUUAAUUUAAUAUUGACAAACUAAGUCAAAGUUAAUCUAUCAUUACAUAUUCACCGGUAAAUAUACUGAAAACACUGCACAGAUUGCACACCCAGCCUGAGGAGAGAUAACUGUAGCAACCGGGUUGAAUUGUUGCUGUUGCCUUUUAGAGUCUGAUUAAAUACUCAACUAUAAUUUUAAGCCAUAACACCAAAAGUGUGCUUAGCAUGUUUGACAGUUUUUGUAGUUGUUAUAAAUUUGUCGUUAACUCUACUGGCGCUUCUCAUAUGCAUCUGUCCUGUUUAUACUAAAAUUAAACAAAAACGCAUUGCACUUAUGGUAACUAACAUAAAUGCAAACACAUUUUCUCCGAAACUGCUAUGCAGCUGAUGUACAUUAAUUUUAGAUCUGUUUAAAACAUGUCUUUUUCCAAGUAUAGCCCUCUGUUUAAACCACAGAUGACAAGCUAAAGUAGAUAUUCUAUUAUUUAUGUUGCUUUUUUAAAAAUGUCCUUAUGGUAUGAUUGAAGCACAAUGUUAUUUCUUCUCUCAACAGUGAUCAAAGUUUUGAGGGGGGUUUUUAAUGCUUGUUUUCAGUAGGGAAAAAGUGACAAGUUGUUUGCUUUGUUAAUCACCAUCUUGCUUAUGGGGUUUAUAUGAAUAUGUGUUUGUUAGUUGGUCUUGCUGUUUACUGGAACAGUGGUUUCUUUGAGACCAUCUGAUUAUUGUCUCACGUUUUCCUGUAGGUAAAAAUUCAAAUCUGGGCUUAUCAAAGUUGUUAUAAAGGAAACACAGACCAAAAAAAAAAAAAAAAUCAAAAUAUGUAGUUCUGAAAUUUUAUUUUGGUACUUCUUUGCAAAUUCUGUAAACCAUAUCAAACCGUUCUUCUAGUAAACAGCUUGGAAAAUUUUGUUUUUAAUCAUCAGAGCAACUGUCAAUCAUCAUUCAUUAGGGGAAAAUCUGUUUAUAUUUGGAGUUUGUUUUUGUUACUUUUAUUUUCUUGCGAUUUUGUAAACUUACUGCAAUCUUUAAUUAAACUAGUAUACUUUAA